CUAUAGCAGAAAUGCAUGCGAAGUGCUCUGGGAGGAGCCCCAUCUCCACGUAAGGCAGCUGAACGAUGUUUCAGCUAAGUCUUGACAUCUGAAAGUCUGGUGAUAGCUGAGUGCAGAAAUAUUGUGCAGGAGGGCUAUGUGUCCUGGACCAUGAAGAAGGAUGACUUCUGACUGCUCCUCCACGCACUGCUCUCCUGAAUCCUGUACCAUAGCCUCCGGUUGUGCACCUGCCUCAAGCUGUUCCACAGAAACAGGUUGUCUCCCCAGUGCCUGUGCUACAUCCCGAUGUCACACUCCAAGCUUCCUACCCAGGUCUCGCGGGCUGACCGGUUGCCUCCUGCCAUGCUACUUUACUGGGAGCUGUAACAGUCCCUGCUUGGUGGGGAACUGUGCCUGGUGUGAGGAUGGGGUGUUCACUAGCAAUGAGAAGGAGACGAUGCAGUUCCUGAAUGACAGGCUUGCCAACUAUCUGGAGAAGGUGCGCAGCCUGGAGGAGACCAACGCAGAGCUGGAAUCCAGGAUCCAAGAACAAUGUGAACAGGAUAUCCCAACGGUGUGCCCGGAUUAUCAGUGUUACUUCAACACCAUUGAAGAUCUCCAACAAAAGAUCUUAUGCACGAAAGCAGAGAAUUCUAGACUUGCUGUACAGCUUGACAACUGCAAACUGGCCACCGAUGACUUUAAGUCAAAGUAUGAGAGUGAACUGUCCUUUCGCCAGCUGUUAGAGGCAGACAUCAGUGGCCUGCAUGGGAUCCUGGAUGAGCUGACCCUGUGCAAAUCUGAUCUGGAGGCCCAUGUGGAGUCUCUGAAGGAAGAUCUCCUUUGCCUUAAGAAAAACCAUGAAGAGGAAGUCAACUUGCUUCGUGGACAGCUUGGCGACCGCCUCAGUGUGGAGCUGGACACUGCCCCCACCCUUGACCUCAACAGGGUCCUGGAUGAGAUGCGCUGUCAGUAUGAAACGGUGCUUGCCAACAAUCGCAGAGAAGCCGAAGAAUGGUUCGCUGUUCAGACAGAAGAGCUGAAUCAGCAGCAACUGUCCAGUGCGGAGCAGCUGCAGGGCUGCCAGACGGAGAUCUUGGAACUGAAACGCACAGCCAAUGCUCUGGAAAUUGAGCUCCAAGCACAGCAAAGCCUGACAGAAUCUCUGGAAUGCACCGUGGCAGAAACUGAGGCCCAGUACAGCUCCCAGCUGGCCCAGAUUCAGUGCCUGAUCGAUAACGUGGAGAACCAGCUGGCCGAGAUCCGCUGUGACCUGGAGCGACAGAACCAGGAGUACCAGGUGCUCCUGGACGUGAAGGCCCGGCUGGAGGGCGAGAUCAACACGUACCGGGGCCUGCUGGACAGUGAGGACAGCAGGCUUUCCUGUAACCCAUGUUCGACCACAUGCACCUCGAGCAACACUUGUGAGCCAUGCUCAGCCUAUGUCAUCUGCACGGUUGAAAACUGCUGUUUGUGAAUGUUAAGGAUAGCAGGUAGAGGAAUCAAAGCCAGCAGCAUCCUAGAAAGGAGAUGGGGCUUCAACCAGGGGCGUCCAAACAGGAAUCACAAAUCCAGGGGGCGCUCAUAUCCUGGAAUUGCCCUCCAGGCAUCCUCAGUCUUUCUGCUUUACUAUUUCCUCUCCUUCCGGCUUAUUUGUGGUAUGCUGGGAGCCCAUAAAGCGUUCUUGCUCAUCUCCAAA